UCUUGGGCUCUGCCACGUAAUGUUGCGUGCCGUUUAUAAAUUAUCAUCGAUAAAUAAUUCCACAAUUAUUCAUUGUUAAUCCAAAAGCAAUGCCAAAAACUGUGAAAUUUUUGACGUAACAAUAACUCCCCUUCGUCAAUCGUCAUCGACAUCAAGGAAGACGAGUCAAAUAAAAUGUCUCAGCCUAGUGGUUAUCAGCCGUCUUAUCCUGAUCUAUUGAAAAGCGGUCCACCACAAUUGCGACAACCACAAUCAUCAGUACAAUUAUCCUCUAUGGUUAAUGGUCAAUCAAGUACUAUUCCACCCGUACAAAAUGGAACUCAACAGUCUGGACCAUUCAUACAUCCAACGGGUACACCAUCUUCCCAAUCGUCUCGAGAUCCAUCGAGAGAGACAUCGCGAGAUCCAUCUCCAACGCAGCACCUGUACACCCAGUACAGGCCUCAACUGACGCGUCCCCCAAUGCCACCAAUAAAUGGCCAGCAAACGCAACCGAUAUCUCAAGAUCGUCAAUACCCAUCCAUCCCGAAUCAACAGAUAACGCCUCGUCCAGGAUUACCUCAAUUCCCAGGAAAUUCUCCCGACCCAGCAAGAUCCCAAAAUCCAUCGAAUCCCAUUUCCAAUCCCCAAUUCUCAACAAUCAACUCGUCAGCCCCCAACUCGAAUCAGCAGUGGAAACCCUCGACAAAUUCUCAGCACCAUCAGGACAACAAUCUAAAUCCAUCACUGCAAAAGCCAACGAUGCAAGUUCCUCCAGCAAGUGUACAAAAUCAAUCGAUACAAUUGGCCCCAGCGCCACCCCAGAUGCAAUACCCAAAUCAAGGAUCAAUGCAGCAACAGCCGCAUGUGCCACAGUUGCAAAAUUCCCAGCAGAAUAAUUAUCUCAAUCAACCACCGAGCAUUCCACCGAGUUAUCCCAAUCAAAAUGUCUACGUUAGUCCUACGAAUUUAGCUAGUCAAAGAAAAUAUCCUCAGGCAUCUUACGGUAGCCCAUUGGCACCUCGGGCCGCACCAUCUGCGACGGGAGAACUGAAGAAGUUUAAUUCAAUGCCAACGAUGCCAACGAUGCCAACGAUGCCAACAAUUCCAACGGUGCCGACGGUGCCGACGAUGCCGACGAUGCCGACGAUGCCAACGGUGCCGACGGUGCCGACGGUGCCAGGACAAUACGUUUAUGACAACAGAACAACAACAGCACCAACAAUAACAGGACAACAAUACCCUGGACAAAUGGCUAAUGUACCCUUGGACAAUCUAUCAAAGAGAUACCCUGGUCCUCCAGGUUAUCCAAAUGAUGCAUCGAUGAAUCAAUUGAAUACUCAGAUGGGAUCACUAAACGUAACCAAGAGCGGUUUUAACAGUCUCUGGGGCCAACAAUCACUCGAUCUACUUCAGUGCAGAAAUGUUCUGCCAUCUGAGAGAGUUGAACCACCAAAGAUAACACUCCAGCAGGAAUUCUUCGACAGUGUCAACUGCAGUCCUGAAAUAUUCCGAUGCACCCUGACUAAAGUGCCCGAGAGCAAUUCACUCCUUCAAAAAUCACGAUUACCACUGGGUGUAUUGAUUUAUCCAUUCAAGGAUCUCAAUCAUCUAUCUGUUAUACAAUGCAGUACGAUAGUGCGAUGUCGUGCUUGUCGCACGUACAUCAAUCCAUUCGUUUAUUUCGUCGAUUCUAAAAGAUGGAAGUGCAAUUUGUGCUAUCGAGUUAAUGAGCUUCCUGAAGAAUUUCAGUUUGAUCCUGUUACAAAGACGUACGGUGAUCCAUCGAGAAGACCAGAAGUUAAAACUAGUACCAUUGAAUUUAUAGCGCCAAGUGAAUACAUGCUCCGUCCACCUCAGCCAGCUGUUUAUUUAUUUUUACUCGAUAUAUCAAGAUUGGCUGUGGAGAGUGGAUAUUUGAAUAUUGUCUGUCAAGUUAUAUCCGAUGAAUUGUCGAAAUUACCUGGUGACAGUAGAACACAAGUUGGUUUUCUCGCUGUUGAUUCAGCUGUACAUUUCUUCAGCAUGCCAGACAACGUAUCACAACCCCAUGAAUUAAUAAUGCUCGACAUUGAUGACGUUUUUCUACCCUGUCCUGACAAUUUAAUUGUCAAUCUCAGGGAGAGGGAGGAGCUGAUACGCGAUCUAUUGGCCCAGAUGCCAACAAAAUUCAGUGGUACACACGACACUAAUUGUGCACUUGGUGCUGGAUUACAAGCGGCUUUUAAAUUGAUGUCAGCAACUGGUGGACGUGUCACUGUAUUCCAAACGUGCCUACCCAAUGUUGGACCCGGUGCACUGCAAUCGCGCGAGGAUCCCAACACACGUGCCAGCAAAGAUAUACAGCAUCUCAAUCCAGCAACAGAUUUUUACAAACGUCUUGCACUCGACUGCAGUGGCCAGCAAAUAGCUGUUGAUCUUUUCCUAUUAAAUAGUCAAUACAGCGACUUGGCGACGCUCUCAGGGAUGUGUAAAUUUUCAGGUGGCUGUAUUUAUCACAUUCCCCUGUUUCGUUACAAUAAACCACAGCACAAUGAGACGUUGGAGCGAAUGCUGCGUCGUUAUCUAACGAGAAAAAUAGGUUUUGAAGCUGUUAUGAGAAUAAGAUGCACCAGAGGUUUGAGUAUACACACGUUCCACGGUAAUUUCUUCGUGAGAUCAACGGAUCUUUUGAGUUUACCGAAUGUCAAUCCUGAUGCUGGAUUUGGCAUGCAGGUGUCUAUCGAGGAGAAUCUUUCGGAUGUGCAGACAGUAUGUUUUCAGGCUGCACUCCUGUACACAUCGAGCAAAGGAGAGAGACGUAUAAGGGUGCAUACCCUCUGUUUACCAGUAACGUCAAGCCUCACGGAUAUUCUCUACUCGGCUGAUCAGCAGUGCAUCGUCGGUCUCCUCUCGAAAAUGGCUGUCGAUAGGUCCCAGCAAUCGACACUCACUGACGCUAGAGAUGCACUUAUUAAUGUUGCCAUUGACGUUUUGUCUGCGUAUAAAAUAUCUCAGUCGGCAUUAUCUGGAGGUCUCAUGGCGCCAAUCAAUCUCAAAUUACUGCCACUUUACAUAAUUGCACUGUUGAAGUGCAAUGCAUUCAGAUUAGGUACAAGUACGCGGUUGGAUGAUCGUAUUCACUCCAUGUGUCAAAUGAAAACUCUACCUCUGACACAGCUCAUUCAGACGGUAUAUCCUGAUUUGUAUCCGGUGCAUGCACUAGGUGAUGGGAAUACAAAGGACAUUGAUGGAAGAAUAUGUCCACAACCACCGAGAUUACACUUGUCAGCUGAGAAACUUGAUUUUCGUGGGGCUUUCUUGAUGGACGCUGGAGACAGAAUAUUCAUAUACAUCGGUAAAAAUAUCGAUCCACAAUUCUGCUGCAAUGUACUUGGGGUAUCGGCUUACAGCUCAAUACCAGAAGAGAUGUACGAAUUGCCCGAGUUGGAUACCACCGAGAGCGAAAGGCUUCGCAAUUUUAUUUUCAGUCUGCAGGAUGACAAACCUUAUCAAGCAUCAGUUCAAAUAAUUCGCGAUGACAGCCACUUCAGGAGUUUGGUUAUCGAACGUUUGAUCGAGGACAGAUGUGAAUCAGCUCUGAGCUACUACGAAUUCCUCCAACACAUAAAAACCCAAAUAAAGUAGACAAAUUUAUCCUCUCCAUCGAACAUUCUAAAUCUAAUGUGUAGCUAAAUCAAUCAGUGUAAAAGGUACAGUUGAAUCGUACGGAGUGAUUUUCACUGUCUUUGUUAGUUUAUAAAAUGAACAUAAACAAACAGGUAUGCAUUGAUCAACAUUCGCUCCAUUCGCUGGAUUAUACGUGUUAAAUAACGUGAAAAAAUUUUUAUGACGAAUUAAGCCUUAAACAAUGCAGUGUAGGCAUUUAAAGAACUAUUGUAAUUAAAUCCUACCGUCGUCUAUCAUUUUUUUAACUAAAACUCAAGAUUUUUAGUUGACUCGCAUUGAAUUCGUGGGGGAAUUAGAUAAAACUAGAGCCAUCUUCAAUCAUGUGUGUAUUUUUCUUUGUCAUCAUCAUCGUAAUUAUAAAAAUGGCCAUUUAAAUACGUCAGAUGGAUAAUACAUUCAUUAUUUUUGUUGCUGUCCUCGUAUUAUUAUUAUAUGAUUGAACAAAUGUCUGGAUCAGCCGGUGAUGUGCAUGAAGUGUACGCCAUUUUUUUUUCUUCGGGUACAUUCUUAUGAAAAUAAAUGAAUUGUUUGCGAGUAAUGGUACAGGGACAAUUAAUAAAAUGUCUUAUCGUUACACUAUAGUCAAGUUAUUUUCUACAGCUCCAUGAUUGGUAAUGUUUUUUCGGCCUACCGGUCUGUUGGUUAAUUUCGUUAUUUAAUUAUUUAUCGAUCAUCAUUGAUUAUCGGUUACUGUUAUCUGUAUUCGCUAAAUAUGUAUGUAAAUAAGAAAAUAUAGAACACAUAUGGGUGAGAUAUCAAUACCAAUUCAUUGAUUCAUUCAAAUUUUCAAUUUCGUCUGUCACAGCUGUAUUGUUAUAAUAAAAGUGGUUCGGCAAA